UUUAGUUUAGCUGUACGAGGGUCCUGCGCAACGACGAGGCUCAAAAUGAUCGCCAAAGUUCUCAUUCUUGUGUGCAGCCUGACGUUGGUGUCCAAGAGUGCCGCAAAGCCUCACGUUCUUAGCCCUGUGGCUGGACCAGCAUUUGUUACAGCUCACAGUUCACAGGUCUUUGCGAGAACCUAUAAUGGAAUUGUGCCGAUAGCGGUGCCGGCAGCAGCAUUUCCAGCUCCAGUUCCGAUACCAAUUCCGGCAGCUCUUCCGGCUCCCGUUCCAGCGUUCUAUCUGCACCAACAUCAUCACAUUGCUCCCACCUUCUUCCUGGCGGCUGCAGCUGCUCCAGCCAUUCCGGCAACUCCAGCCGUUGUGGCCACCCCGGCAGCUGUAGUUCCUGCGGCAGCUCCAGCGCCAGUUCCAGCUCCGGCUCCUGCUGCCCUUAUAGCUGCUGCACCUGUAACCAAGGUGGCCAAAUUGGUCCGGAAACCCUUUUUGACGGUAAUUCGUCACAAAACGGUUCUUGUGUAAAGAUUAACCGAAGUAAUGGGGGAAGUGAUUAAUGUGCGAGAACUUUGUGCGUUUGUGAUCGAAUGUAGUUUAUACUAGUCAUAUGAAACAAUUAAAAAAUCAACGUUAAAGAAUGAA